AUGGUUGAAAAUACUAUUCGUUUUAUAAAAGAAAAAUACUGUUGAACAUAGCAGAUUAGCUUAAACUAACAGCCUCAAAGUAGACGUUCUUUUGACUGAUUCUUCUGUCUACACUCCUGCAGAAUAGAAGUUCAAAAAAAACUCAAAAUUAUAAGCCGUUAUGGUAAACAGGUAAACCGAAUUUUUGGGAGGGACAGAUUGGCAAAACUGGCCGAUGAGUCGGCGGCCUCGUCCGCUGGCAGCUUACUAGCAGGCCAGGCCAGGCCAGCAGCGGCGCUUGCCUCCUCCCCCGCUCCCCCUCUCUCCCUCAAGACUCGAGAGAAAAAGAAAACGAGCACGAGAGGCGGAGAGAAAUAAACUCCGAUACCCGGAAUCGCCGUGCAAAAUCAAACAAAAUCAUAGCGGCAGAUACAAUAAGCAGCUGCAGCAUCGCAGCAGACUCCACCGUCACGCCACCGCGCCGAGAGAGAAAAGCCGAGCGGUGGCAGGCGAGGCGAGGCGAGGGGACGGACGAAAGGGGGAAAUCGCCUGCCUGCCUGCCGCGGUGGGUUGGUGGGUGCCGCCUCCGCAUCCUGCUGCUGCUCUGUUCCGCAGUCCACCACCAUUUACCUCGCCUGACCUCGCAUGGAUUCCCGCUCGCUUCUCCUCCACUCCACGCACCGAUCCGCCAGCUGCCAGGAGAGCGCGACGCGAUCCAAUUGAGGUCCAAGAGCGCGGGGGCUGCCUUGCCCGCUGUCUGUGUGCUCCCCUCUGUUUCCGCCUCCAAAAGCCUGGCCGCGCCGCCGCUGGAGGCCAUCGCGCGCCUGCACGGCGUCUUGGUGGGGUGGUCGAAGCAGCAGCAGCGGCCGCCGCCGCCGCGCGGGAGACCCGGCGCGAGGAAGCGGUGGCCGAGCCGGGGGAGCGCGAUGCUGUGGGUGGCGCGCCUGUCCGGCUUCUUAUCCGCCGCCAUGGUGAUGGUGGUGCUGUCGCCGUCGCUCCAGUCCUUCCCGCCCGCCGAGGCCAUCCGGUCGUCGCAGUUCGACGGCAGCGUCCGCUUCCCGGGCCAGAUCGCAGGGGGCGCCCGGGGGAUCGCCUUCCGCCGCGCCCCGUCGUUCCGCAAUGCCGCCGAUUGCGGCGCCGGCGCGGGCAACGGCACCGCCGCCAAUGUCUGCGACCCUUCGCUCGUCCACAUCGCGAUUACGCUCGAUGAGGAGUACCUGAGGGGCUCCGUCGCCGCGGUCCACUCGGUGGUGCAGCACGCCAGGUGCCCCGAGAGCGUCUUCUUCCACUUCCUCGUCUCCGACCCGGGCCUCGGGGACCUCGUCCGCGCGGUCUUCCCGCAGCUCCGGUUCAAGGUCUACUACUUCGACCCCGAGCGCGUCCGCGGGCUCAUCUCCACGUCGGUGCGGCAGGCGCUGGAGCAGCCGCUCAACUAUGCGCGCAACUACCUGGCCGACCUCCUCGAGCCCUGCGUGCGCCGCGUCAUCUACCUCGACUCCGACCUCGUCCUCGUCGACGACGUCGCCAAGCUCUGGCGCACCGACCUCGGCGGCCGCACCGUCGGCGCCCCCGAGUACUGCCACGCCAACUUUACCAAGUACUUCACCGGCCGGUUCUGGUCGGACCAGCGGUUCGCCGGGACGUUCGUGGGGCGGCGGCCGUGCUACUUCAACACGGGCGUCAUGGUGCUUGACCUGGAGCGGUGGCGGCAAGCGGGCUACACGCAGCGCAUCGAGCGCUGGAUGGAGAUACAGAAGUCGCCGCCGGGGCGCAUCUACGAGCUGGGUUCGCUGCCGCCCUUCCUGCUCGUGUUCGCGGGGCACGUGGCGCCGAUCGAGCACCGGUGGAACCAGCACGGCCUCGGCGGCGACAAUGUCCUGGGCAGCUGCCGCGACCUACACCCGGGACCCGUGAGCCUGCUGCAUUGGUCCGGGUCCGGCAAGCCAUGGGCGCGGCUGGGCGCCGGGCGGCCGUGCCCGCUCGAUGCGCUCUGGGCACCCUUCGACCUGUACGGCCCCGCCGGCGCCGGCGAGUCCCGGUAACCGCAACACUCGAAAAAGAAAGAUUCUUUUCCUUCUUUGGCCAACCCCGUACAAAUUCUGAGCUUCUAAAAUUUCUUGGUCUCCCCAUUACCUGUUCAAACCUACUCAUAUAUGUUUUUUUCAUCCCUUUUUUCCUUUUUUACCCCCUGGGCAGUUGGAUUAAAUGUUUUGUGUUAGAUUGUUCAUGUUUGUUCUUAGUGAUCCCUUCCUCCAUUCCUUUUUGAUCGUUAAAAUCAUUUGUAUCCUACACUACAGAGCUGCAGGCUUGCAGCCUCAUCACCAUAAAUAAAAAGAAACAGAGAAAUAGACUUUGCAGUUUGCAGCAUUCACCCCUACAUCUCAA